GACAGACCAAUAAUAUGAUGAAAAUAUAUUUAACAUGAUGGAAAGAUCUAAAAAGAAAAGCUCCAAAAAGUACCGGGAUGAGGAUAGCGAUUCGUCCGACUCGGAAUCGGAUUCGGACUCCAACAGCGAUGGCUCGUCGGAAUCAGAGCGGGAAAUGAAACGGAAGAAAAAAUCGUCGAAGAAGGAUAAGAAAAAAAAGUCAUCAAAAAAGAAGAAAGGAAAAUCGCGAUCGCCAUCGCGAAAUAAAUCUCCUGGCGUUUCCCAGAAGAAAUUCGCUCCGGAUGAGCAGAAAUGGGAAAAACGUAAUGAAGACAACCACUAUGAGGGUAGGUCGAAAUACGCGGACAGAAACAGACGAUCGCGGGAUCGCAGUGGUGGUCGCAAAAAUCGAUCUAGCAGCCGAAACGAACAACGAAUCCGGGAAUCUAGUUACGAUGAAAGUAAUAAUGCCCGCCGAGGAAGACCCCAUCGAUCUGAGCGCCACGAAGAAAAUCGAUAUGGUUCAAAUCGUGGUGGUGCAGAGUACCACAGUCGCAAUCGUGACCGUGAUCGUGACGGUAAUCGAGCCGCUGAUGAGUCUGAUCGUCGUAGCCGAUCUAGAAAUCGUCGUCGUGAACGUUCACUUGAGCGCGAGCGCAAGGAUAAAUCCCAUUCCCGCUCCCGGUCACGUUCAGGAAGCCGUAGGCGUCGUCCUGAGCGAAGCCCGAUUCGUAGACGUAGUGUGGAAAAGUCAAAACCUGCAGAGCGCCGAGAACGGAGUCCUGACAAGCAAAGUGAUUUAGAAAGAAUGCGCGAACGUGAGAAAGGUCGCGAAAGAAACAGGGAGCGUGAUCGUGAACGCGAUGCUGAUCGAGAACGUGAUACGGAUCGCACACGUGAUAAAGAACGUGUAACGGAUCGUUCCCGUGAUAAAGAGCGCGAUACGGAUCGGUCGCGUGAUAAAGAGCGUGACACAGAUCGAUCGCGUGAUAAAGUGCGUGACACAGAUCGAUUGCGUGAUAAAGAGCGCGACACAGAUCGAUCGCGUGAUAAAGAGCGUGACACAGAUCGAUCGCGUGAUAAAGAGCGCAUAACGGAUCGUCCGCGUGAUAAAGAACGCGAUACGGAUCGCGAACGUGAUCAUGAUCUAAAACGUGAUGAUCGGAAUAGAGGACGUGAACGAAAUCGCGAUCACGAGCGUAAUAGUACACGAGCUGAAGCACGAAAUCGUUCACAAAGUCCCAAGAAAAAAGAAAGUCGAGCUUCGCCACGGCUACGUCCGCAAGAUGAUGAAGUCUCCACAGCAAGGAAGAGAGAAAAAUCUUCUCAUCGCUCGCAAGGCAGGGAAUCUAAAUCCUCAACAACGGAUACAAGACAACGCAAGGCUUCACCGUCGUCAAGCAAAGAUUCACGUGAUCGAUCGGUCACUGCUUCCACUUCAAAGGUGGAGAAAGACGUACCUCAACAGCAAACUUCUUCGUCACCACCGGGACAUAGAGAUAGAUCCGCUUCGUCUGAUGAGGCCCAUUCGGAUCUGAGCUAUUCGCCAGCCAGACGAGAUCCCGAACGGUACCGAGAUAUCUUACAUCGCGGAAAGGCAAGCUCGAACGCCAAUGGAGAUGUUGAUACCGGAAAAUUAAAGAAUGAUUCUGUCCAUCCCGCCCCAUCAACAUCGCCACAAAAGAGACAACAAUCGAGGACCUCAAUCAGUCCUGCUCGGGAAAGAAAUGAUAGGAAACCCGUUGACGAAAACGGAACCAAAACAAAUCCUUCAUCUACUAAGCGAUCGGCCAGUCCCCGCUCUGGCACAAGCCCGCGUAGAACAAAUCAUCGUAAUCAUCGUUCACGAUCAAACUCUCCAAUUCGUAAGGCCUCGUCGUCGGCUUCGUCCUCGCAAAAGAAGCGAGAUUCGUCCCGUGGUUCUUCCCCAGACUCUCGGAAACAACAACGACCAGCAAAAGGAGCUCGAUCGCCAUCGGUCCGAAAAGCAAAAUCACGUACUCAUUCACCCGAGGUGAAAAAGCGUCGCCAUGAACGUGCAUCACGUCCGCGUAAAGAAUCUCCUCCUGCGAAGGCAUCUAAAAUAGACUCAAACGAGCGCGAAAAUGUAUCCAAACGCACUGACACGCACAGUCCGGAUCGGACCGAUGCACGAAAAUCUCGAUCGAAAAAAUCUUCCUCGUCCGCAGCCGUAGCAGCGCCGCCGUCUGCAUCGUCCACAAAUGCAUCUUCGAUUGCGGUUGUACAGCAACCGGUGGUAAAACUUCACACAGCGGAAUCGGACUCUUCGCAGUCGGAUAAUGAAGACCGUGAGCGAGAACGUACCGACACGCAACGUGAUCGAGAUAACCUGGACGCAUUCCUUCCAACUUACGACGAGAAUCGAGAACAGCAAGAUCUUUCCCUGCUGAAGGCUCUAAAGCAUGAUCUGGCAGCGAAAGCUAAACAAAGUCUGGAGAAGAAGAAAUUUGUCUCCGAAACUGGAAGCAGUGCCAUAGCGAUGAAGACCCUCACAGGAAAGGCCCAGGACGCAACAACGGGCGCUGAAACACGUGUCGGAGAAAAUCGCGAACGGGAGUUACAAAUCCUGCAAGCCCAACCGCAACCGAUGCCAUCAAAUGUGAAAGUAGAAACGGUUGUUGUAUCGUCUAACGUACCUGCUGCCGAACAGAAGUCGACCGAUGCCAGAUUGGAAGCAUCGCAUGAAAGCAGCAGUUCGCAGAUGAAAAAGGAUAUUCACGAGAUACUAAGCACGGUCGGUGCCUGUGCCGUUGCCGCUGAUGGAUCGGAAGACGCCGCUAGCCUAACGAAGACGACGAUCUUGCACGCGGUGGAUUCUAUACUGAAGGAGAAAAUUUCAGGAACUUCAAAAGACAAGCAUGCGUCCGGCGUUUCCUCCAGCGGUAAAACACGUGCUAGCACAAGGAGUAGCCGCUCAAGAUCACGCUCUCGAUCUCACUCACGGCGUUCGCAUAAGUCCCGUAGCUACAGCAGCUCUAGCAGCGGUUCUGCAAGUUCCCGUUCGCGAAGCCGUUCCUCUUCGUCACAUAGUCGAAGUUCUUCGGAGCGUGGCAGCAGCCGGUCAAGGAGUCGUUCCAGCAGCCACUCUUCCCACUCUACCGUACGCUCCCGGACGGCGUCCCGUUCACCUUCGAUACCCCGUCGGGCUGGUUCGCCCUCGUUUCUAGAUCGACGCCGCAUCACAAGAAUUUCCCGAUCACCACCCAGUAGUUCCCGUUCGCAGCUCCAGGUCAGACGACGACGACGUCCGUCAGAAUCGGCGUCCUCGUCUGUCUCCUCGAGCUCGUCUCGCGGCUCGUCCCGCCGAUCUCACUCGAGAAGCGGCAAACGUCGACAACGGCAGAGUGAUAGAAGGCGAUCACGGUCGCGAUCGCGUGGUGGACGACGAGAUACAAACAAAUCGAUGCACCAUUCGCGAUCGUCCUCGUCCAGCCGGAGACGUCAAGCUCGUCACGCGGAUCGACGAUGAAUUCUUGCAUUACCUGACCUACCUCUCCGCUCUUUUGCGCUAGCGUUCAGCGAGCAGCAUUGCCGUGUUCUUUUUUCUUCUUCUUUAUGGACAAAAGCUAUUUCCGUGCUUUUUGAAUGAGUU